CUAGCUUCCUAUAUCUAGCUUCUUACAUCAUAACAAUGAUUAAUUUUUCUUCAUUUUAGUCCAUCUUUAUAAAGUUACCAAUGGAUCUUCUCCUAUAGCCAUGGCUUUGUGCAAGUUCAAUGCUUCUCAUUGCCAUACUUCAAUGUCUCUAUCUUCCCUUAUAAUCCUUUUCUUCCUCAAAAUAACUUAUUCCAACUCCUUAACUUUCAAUUUUUCCAACUUCAAACCAAAUUCUCGCUGCUUAAAUUACCAAGGAAAUGCUUCUGUUUCUGAAAAUGCCAUCCAUCUCACCACAGACCCACAAGGAAUUUCACCGCUCGGCAGCCUUGGUCGUGCUACGUAUUGUAAACCACUUCAUCUCUGGGACAAAGCUUCUGGAAAUCUCACGGACUUCCAUACAAUUUUCUCCUUUUCAAUCGACUCGCAGAGACUCAAAGUUUAUGGAGAUGGGUUGGCUUUCUUUAUCGCUCCCAUGCAAUUCCCAGUCGGAAACAUGGCAGGCGGUGGCCUUGGCCUUGUCAGAGGGAACCAGACCUCUAAAUAUCCAUUUCUUGCAAUAGAAUUUGAUUCUUAUAGCAACAGUUGGGAUCCACCUUAUCAGCAUGUGGGAAUCGAUAUCAAUUCUGUGGUUUCUAAUGCUACUUCAGCUUGGAUUAGUAACAUAGAAUAUGGUGAGAAAAUCUAUGUUUCAAUUAGAUAUGACUCUCUUUCGAAAAGCUUGAGUGUUACCUUCACUGGAUUUAGUAGUAAUAACGAAAUAGAGCAACAUCUGGAUUAUAAUGUUGAUCUGAGAGACUUCCUACCUGAAUGGGUUACAGUUGGUUUCUCAGCUGCAACAGGAGAAAAUUCUGAGAAGCAUAUUCUCCAUUCAUGGUAUUUCUCUUCAACUUUACAAAUCAAUGACAAGCCAGCAACUUCGCCGACAGAUAAUACGCCGACAACUAACAUUCCGACAGAUAGUGCUGCUCCACCAGAUAAAUCAAGCAAGACAACUAACAUUCCGACAGAUAGUGCUGCUCCACCAGAUAAAUCAAGCAACAUGGUAGGACUUGUGGUGGGGGCAAGCGUCGGUGGAUGUGUUUUCAUAGGCAUAAUAUUGGGUUUGCUCUAUUUUUUCAUGUGGAAGAAGAGAAGGGUAGAAAAAGAAGUUGAAGUUAUGUUUGAUUUGCCCAUGGAUGAUGAGUUUGAGAAGUCUACUGGCCCUCGAAAGUUCUCCUACAGCAAUUUGGUUUCCGCGACGAAGAACUUCUCAGAGCAAGAGAAGCUUGGAGAGGGAGGAUUUGGUGCAGUCUAUAAAGGUUUUCUGAAAGAAUUAGACUCGUAUAUUGCAGUGAAGAGGAUAUCAGGGAGUUCCAAGCAAGGGUUAAAGGAAUUUGCAUCUGAAGUAAAGAUCAUUAGCCAACUGAGGCAUAAAAAUUUAGUUCAGCUCAUGGGUUGGUGCCAUGAAAAGGGAAAGUUGUUGCUUGUUUAUGAGCUCAUGCCUAAUGGCAGCUUGGAUUCCCAUCUUUUUAAAAAAGAAAGAUCACUGACAUGGGAGGCUAGGUACAAUAUUGCUCAAGGUAUAGCCUCAGGAUUGCUCUAUUUACAAGAAGAAUGGGAGCAAUUGGUAGUUCACAGAGAUAUAAAACCAAGCAAUAUCAUGUUGGAUUCAAAUUUCAAUGCCAAGCUUGGAGAUUUUGGCUUGGCAAGACUCGUGGACCAUGGCAAAGUUUCACAAACCACAGUUUUGGCUGGGACCUUGGGCUAUCUGGCUCCAGAAUGUGUCAUAACAGGCAAGGCUAGCAAGAAAUCUGAUGUCUACAGUUUUGGUAUCGUUGCUUUGGAGAUUGCUUGUGGAAGAAAAUCCAUCAACAUCAUAGGCAAUGAAGAUCAAUUGUAUAUUGUACAAUGGGCUUGGGAUCUCUAUGGCAGAGGGAAGCUACUUGAAGCUGCAGAUUCAAAGCUAAAUGGGAACUUUGAUGAGCAGCAAUUAGAAAGGUUGAUGGUGGUUGGGCUGUGGUGUGCUCACCCAGAUGCAAAGUUGAGGCCUUGUAUUAAGCAAGCAAUUCAAGUUCUUAAUUUUGAAGCUCCAUUACCUGUUCUUCCAUCAAAACUGCCUGUGCCUACAUAUUUAUCUCCUCCGGUGAACGCUUCUUUAUUGCCAUUGCCAUCGUCUCUCGGUGCUUCCUUUUCCGGGGAAGGUUCAUAGCCAAUAAUACAAUAUUCUUACUGAUCAGGCUACUGUGGGAAUGUGUUAGAGUUGACCCUUCAUGAAUACAAACACGUACAUGAAAGACAAUUGCAAGUUGCCAAGCAGAAGGGGAUAGAACGAAAACGUCAAAGCUUUUUUCUUUCUCGUCUUCAUUGUGGAAACCAGCAAUUUCUAAUAUAAAAGUUGUGUUGCCUGUAUCUAUCACACAAGCUGAAUCCAACAAUGCAAGAAUUUAGAAAAACAUAAUUGAGCCAGCUUUUCAAUUCUAGAGUUCCAACCUUUUAUUAUUAAUUAAAUUCGU